AUGUCACACAGGAGUGCUGCCCCAAAUUCUCAUGAUGAAGACGAUGAUGAAACGAUUGGUUCCAGAAAGGGAAUUGACGGGGGCGAAGGGGGCAGCGCAAUGCUCAAAAACGGCUCCUGUGAUGGCCACAGCGCCAACGAUGAAAAAAGCGGUGGAGCACCGGCAAAUGGGAGUGAGGUUGCCGGAGUUGAAGCUGUCGAUGUUAUGGCAGACAGUGACUUUGAAAGCGAAGCCAGUAGUUUUGAAACUGAGGAGUUUGAAGACGAAGACGGAAGUUGA